AUGGACACAGCAUUAAGAGGACUGGUAGCAAAAAUAUUCUUUGCUUAUCUGGACGAUAUUAUUGUCUUUGGUAGAACACUCGAAGAAGACAACGAAAAUCUGGUUAUCUUAUUUGAACGUUUACGGGCUACUGGACUUGAACGUCAACCAGACACAUGUGAGUUUCUUCGACCGGAACUAGAAUAUCUGGGACACGUUAUCACGGAAAAUGGAGUGAAAUCAAACUCAUAUCAAUUAUCUGCUGUCCAACAUUUCGAAAGACCUGAGAAACAAAACGAAGCACUGUGGGAAACUACGAGCGAAAGCAUAUUCACAAAUCUACUAGAUCAUUACAUUUACAUCUUUUCUUCUCCAAAGCACAUCUUAACUGACCAGGGCGCUAACUUUGUAUCGGAAUUAGUUCAAAAAUUUAAAAACCUUUUUAGAAUCAAGCACAUAAAAACAACUGCUUUCCAUCAACAAAGCAAUGGAGCCCUCGAGAGAACUCCUGGAACAAUUAAAGAUUUAUUAAAGACAUACAUGGCCGAUAACGAGAUGGAAUGGGACCAAAGCUUGUUCCAAUAUGCUUAG